GCAGAGCCCCGCAGCGCCGGCAGCGGGAGCGGACCCCGGCGGAGCGGCCCCGGCCGCGGUGGCCCCGGCGGAGCGAUGGCUGUGCCGCCCGCCGCGGAGCCGCCGGAGCCCCGCAGCCCUUAGCGCCGGCUGCGGGGUUUCUGCAAGUCAUCUGAGGCUGCCGGAACGCGCGCCCCCCCGGCCCGAGCUCCCCGAGCCCCGUCUGAUUCACUCGGGGGUCGUUGCGGGGUUUUUUCUUGCUCUCCCCAUCGUGCUGUGUGCUUUGGUCUCUGUCGUCACCUGCCACGGUUAACUUGUGAGUCGGGUUAACUCUUGAGACCUCCACGGAUGUUGCUAAGAGCACUUUUCCUGCCUUUGCUGUCCCUUGCUGGGAUCGGAUUUCGUACUCGCUGGACUCUGUGUGCCUGUCUGUGUGUUCUGAGUGUCUUGAGAUUUUGCUUUCCUUUCCAAGAGCUGUGCAUUGACUGUGACCAAGACCCAUGAAGGACCAUAGGCUUGGCUUGACCUUGAUUUUGAUGGCUUUGUUGGAAGAUGUAAUGAUGUGAUCGCGUUUUGUGAAGUGAUUGCUCUCCAGCCUCUGUGGCUUAGGGUAGAAGCCACUUCUGCCUCCCUGUCACUCAUGGACAGUUUGGGUUUUUUUUGAACAAACCUUUUGGCUGUUUUUCUUUUCUCACUUCCCCUUUGCCCCCUGUUUCUCCUCAGUGUUGGAAGCUUUAUUCUACCCUUUAAUGUGAUUGAUAGUCCUGCUGCUUCCUGCUGCUGAUUUCUGUUUUGAAGUACAAUGGCUCUGAGUGGCAACUGCAGGACUUACCUUCCUUCUCGAGAGCAGGGGUCGGGGCUGCACUCCUUCCCAGAGGUCGUGGAGCUAAAUGUGGGUGGCCAGGUUUACUUCACUCGCCAUUCCACCUUGGUUGGCACCCCUCACUCCCUGCUCUGGAAGAUGUUCACCCCAAAGAGAGACACGGCCAAUGAUCUGGCCAAGGACUCCAAGGGAAGAUUCUUCAUCGACAGAGACGGUUUCCUUUUCCGCUACAUUCUGGACUAUCUCAGGGACAAGCAAGUGGUUCUGCCUGACCACUUCCCAGAGAAGGGCAGGCUCAAGAGGGAGGCUGAGUACUUCCAGCUCCCAGACUUGGUCAAACUCCUGACUCCCGAUGACAAGCAGCAAAGCCCUGAUGAUUUUUGCCACAGUGACUAUGAAGAGGUCUCCCAAGGCAGUGACACAAGAAUAUGCCCACCCUCGUCGCUCUUACCGCCUGAUCGCAAGUGGGGAUUCAUUACCAUCGGGUACCGGGGGUCCUGCAUUGUGGGCAGGGAGAGCCAAGCAGAUGCCAAAUUCAGGAGGGUCCCAAGGAUUUUGGUUUGUGGAAGGAUUGCUCUGGUCAAAGAGGUCUUUGGAGAAAGUUUGAAUGAAAGCAGAGACCCAGACAGGGCUCCAGAGAGGUACACCUCCCGGUUCUAUCUCAAGUUCAAGCACCUGGAAAGGGCUUUCGACAUGUUAUCUGAGUGUGGAUUCCACAUGGUGGCCUGUAACUCCUCGGUGACAGCUUCCUUUGUCAACCAGUACACAGAUGACAAGGUCUGGUCCAGCUACACCGAAUAUGUCUUCUACCGCGAGCCCUCCCGGUGGUCCUCGUCCCACUGCGACUGCUGCUGCAAGAACGGCAAAGGCGACAAGGAGGGGGAGAGCGGCACGUCCUGCAACGAGCUGUCCACGUCGAGCUGCGACAGCCAGUCUGAGGCCAGCUCCCCGCAGGAGACCGUCAUCUGCGGCCCCGUCACCCGCCAGCCCAACAUACAGACUCUGGACCGGCCGCCCAAGAAGGGGCCGGUGCAGCUGCUGCAGCAGUCCGAGAUCCGCAGGAAGAGCGACCUGCUCCGGACUCUCACCUCCGGCUCCCGCGAGUCCAACUCCAGCAAGAAGAAAGCGGUGAAGGAGAAGCUCUCCAUUGAGGAGGAGCUGGAAAAAUGCAUCCAGGAUUUCCUCAAAAUCAAAAUCCCAGACAGGUUUCCAGAGAGGAAACAUCCCUGGCAAUCCGAACUGCUGCGGAAGUACCACCUAUAGGCUCAGGGCGGGGGAAGCACACGACCUGCUCACCGUUAGAGCAGGGUUCUAAGUGAUACGAAAAUAAUUCCCAAUCAUAAUUAUUUGUUAGGUCACAAACGAAACAGAAUUCAUCUCUAUGGUACUGCCUAAUUUGCCUCUUUCACCUUAACAUUUCUAGUCCUAGGGCAACAAGAUUUUUCCAGUCGUGGAAGCACAAUGACAAACGCUUUUCUUUGUAAACUCUGAGUCUUACACAAGCUGAAUACCUUAAGGGCACAUCCAUGCCGAGGGCAAGGGAUGCUCGGCUGGGGAGGGGAGGCUGCUGCUGCUGCUGGUGGUGGAUGUGGCCCAUGGGCAGGCAGUAUUCUGGUCCGUGGCUGCUGCCUCCCCCCGUCUCCUCGUAGUGCACAGUUUGUUUGGAGGGUUGUACACUGCUCACAGAAACAAGCUAUGCCAUGACAGUUUACCUUAGCAUGUGUAUAUAUAUAUAUGUGCAUAUAUAUAUGUGUGUAUAUAUAUCUCUGUGUAUAUAUAUAUGUAUAUAUAUAUCAAUAUAUAUUGCGUAAAGAU